AUGAGGGUCUUUCGUCUAUACAUGUUGAACAGCCUCGAAGUAACCUUUGAUCUAGCUCAUCCGCGUCUCAUCGCUUUGGGAUCGCAGAAGCCGCCUCUUCAUUUCCAUCCGUACCAGGAAGAGUACGUGCAGGUAUUGGCGGGCCGCUUGGCCGCAGAGGUAAACGGACGUGAAGUCAUAUUAAUUCCAAGUGAUGGCGAGUUUUGUCUGCGACCAUGGCCCAUGGAUAGCACAACGAAGUUUUUACUUUCAGGCCAACAGACAUUAAAGGCCUUUAAGCUUGAUAACGUCUUCUUUCAGAGUUGGUAUGCGUAUCAGGACGAGAUUGUGAUUGGUGGCAAGAAGCCUAACCCGAUUCAAGUCAUAUCGACAUUCGACGCAGGAGGCUCAUAUCUAUCGUUGCCGUGGUGGGUUCCUUUUAGGCAUAUAAUUUCCCAAGCCUCUAGUAUUUUGAUUGGGAGGUGGCUUGGCGGUUUAUUAGGGUACCAGCCAUUCUAUCGCAAAUGGUUGACCGAAGAAAAUUGGCAAUUGGCCUGUGAGAAGAUGGAGUCUUCGUUUUUCCAGAGACGGUUUGCAGAUCGUAGACACUCGAGUUGA